AUGCGUGCCCAGCUGCGGCGGCUGAGGCAAGAGCAACGCGCCCUGUCUGCGCAGCUGAAGCAGGCCACCCGGGCAGUGGGCGGCGCCGGGUCUGAGGCUGGCGCCGAGGCGGGGAGCCCAGAGGGGCCGAGCGGCAAUGACGACGCUACGGCGCUGGCGGCCGCGAAGCCUGUCGCCUUGCCGUCAUCCUCGGACAAGAAGAAAAAAGCAAAGAAGACAAAGAAGAAGGCCACUUCUGCAGAGGCUGUGGCGCCGUCCUCCCAGACCACCACACCCACUCCCCCAGUGGACACCAGGGCCUGGGAAGGCCUGGGCCUGCACGAAGAAAUCCUCGGCGUUCUCAGCACCUGCGGCUUCUCGGCCCCCACCGCGGUGCAGGUGGCCUGCCUGCCGUCCGCGCUGCGCGAUCGCCGGGAUAUCAUCGGCGCGGCGCAGACCGGGUCGGGGAAGACGCUGGCCUUCGGCCUGCCAAUCAUGCAGGCCCUGCUGAAUGAGCGGCACAUGCAGACGCCAGCUGCGGCGGAGGAGGGUCCCAGCGAGGGGCCGAGCGAGGAGGGCCACGGAGACGAAGCUCCGGCCCCCGCCGCCACGGGUGGAAAGCGCCGCGGCGCACUGCGCGCCCUCAUCCUGGCGCCGACGCGCGAGCUGGCGCUGCAGGUCUGCAGCCACCUGGAGGUGUUUGGCCGGGCACUGGGCGUGCGUGUUGCGCCCAUCGUCGGCGGCAUCUCCUCCCAGAAGCAGGAGCGCCUGUUGGCGCACGCGCCCGAGGUCGUGGUGGCCACCCCCGGCCGGCUGUGGGACCAGAUGCAGUCGGGCGCCGCCCACCUCACCGACUUCUCGCGCCUCGCUUUCCUGGUGGUCGACGAGGCGGACCGCAUGGUGCAGCAGGGCCAUUACUCGGAACUGGGUGAGAUCUUGGGGCGGGUGGACGGCGGCUCGGGCGAGGACGGCGGCCCCGCCCCCGGCGCGCCGCGCUCCAUGCAGACAAUGAUCUUCUCGGCCACCCUCACCCUGCCUGCCAACCUGCGCCACCGCCUGAAAAAAGUGAGGCGCGCCGAGGAGGCUUUGGAGGGGGGGAUGAAGGGGUGUUCUUUAUCAGAUGGUGAUAGAAUUGUUGUACCGGAGGGUUGUGGCAUGCAGUUGUGCUUAUCGGGCUGA